AUUUUCCCUCUGUCAUCUUUCCCUUUAUCUCUCUGUAAUCUGUAUCUCUACCUCUCUCUAUAUCUUUGUAUAUCUAUACAGUUUUUUAUUUUUUGGGUUUCAACCCAACCAAAACCUAAUAUAUAUAUAUACACGUCUGUAUAGUUUUCUUUGUCUCCCCAACCAACCAACCCUCCUUUUCUUUCUCCCACACAAUAUAUGUGCACGCAUUGAUCACAUGGGGAGAAAUAUGCGACCGGAGAAAAUCGCCGCCGUUGAUGGUUGUUCUUCCACCUUUGGCGGCGGUGGGCGGGAGUUGCAUGUCCUUGCCGUCGACGAUAGCUACGUGGAUAGGAAGGUCAUUGAGAAGAUGCUGAAGAUUUCUUGCUGUAAAGUGACAGCAGUAGAUAGUGGAAGCAGGGCUCUGCAGUAUCUGGGCUUGGAUGGAGAGGAGAGCUCUGCUGCAACUGAUGGUCUGAAGGUGAAUCUGAUAAUGACAGACUAUUCAAUGCCUGGGAUGACAGGAUAUGAACUCCUUAAAAAGAUUAAGGGUUCGUCGGCAUUGAGGCAAAUCCCCGUUGUGAUCAUGUCAUCCGAAAAGAUUUUAGCCCGCAUUGAUAGUUGUCUGGAGGAAGGGGCUAAAGAGUUUCUGAUGAAGCCCGUUAAGCUGUCUGACGUGAAGCGUGUGGUAGAUUUCAUAGUGAGAGGCGAGGAGGAGGAUGGCAAAGAGACAGAAGAAUCAACGACGGCUUCCUAUUCAUCAGCUCCUGAUAACGACGGGUUGUAUCUCGCUAACAUUGCCACAAUCUCUCUCGACGCAUCCAAGAGAACAUAGUUGCAGCUUUGGAGUUGUGUUUUGCUGAGAUACUAUUCUAUAGUUGCAACUAGUUGUACAUGCCUGGCUAGUAGAGAGGCUAUAUUCAACAUACACCCUUUGGAAUUGAAGUAGAGGAGGAAAUACUCACAUUAGUCCAAUCAUUAUGAGGUUUUUAUUUAUUUACUUAGUUCAUACAGAAUAACAUUUUUUUGGGAAUAAUACAGAAUAACAUUUUUAGUUCAAUCAU